AUGACGAAGGGUACCUCCAGCUUCGGUAAACGUCACAACAAGUCGCACACCCUGUGCCGACGAUGCGGCCGCCGCUCGCUGCACAUCCAGAAGCAUGAGUGCUCCUCUUGCGGCUACCCCGCUGCUAAGAUCCGGAAGUACAACUGGAGCGAAAAGGCCAAGCGGAGAAAGACGGUCGGCACCGGCCGCAUGCGCUACCUCAAGGACGUGUCGCGGCGAUUCAAGAACGGCUUCCAGACCGGCCAGCCCAAGGGCGCCCGCGGCCCGACCAAGCAGGAGUCCUAG